AAGAGGCAACUCGCCCUUCGGCUUCUCAGUCCACAUCAGACCACAGACGAAGUUAAGCUCGUUCCCAGUGUCUUCCCAAGUGUCGUCUUUACGCCAUGGCCGUGCCAUUGCUUAGAUUAUUCGUGUUAUUAUUGGUGUUAGGAGUCCAUGCAUCCUUUGGCCACAGAGAAGGGGAGUGCAUCGAGGUAGGAUAUGCUAGAUCCGCUGGAAGUCUCCUACAUCAAGGCUACGAGGCCACCAAGAAAGCCGUUCUUGAACGAUGGGCCACUGAGGACAAAGAAAGAAACCAUACAAGCUAUCUCCUUCUCCUAGUAAACGUCACUCGGACUGGCCAGCUCUUGGAAGAUGCUUCGAAGGUUAUAGUGGACAUGAUCCGGAAGACUAGGGUGGGCAAAAGAUGUCCUGGGGACUGGCUUCUCAAAGGCCUUGAGAAACAUGUUGUGCCUCUCAUCAACCUUGACAAAGAACUCGCAGAGGAAAUGGGGCUGGGUGAGUGUGAAUUUUAA